AUGAUGAAGCUGCUGCUGGAUGCUCCUGGUCAUCACGAUGCACAUAUGAAACAUCUGCUCCUGCUCGGACUCAUACAAUCAUCAAACAACCAGCCACUCUUGGAAAACAUAAAGUCGGAUUGA